CGGCUCGCCCGCCGCACUCAUUCAUUAGCUGCACCGCACCGUGGCGCGGGGUGGGCGUGCUGGUUCCUCGCGCUGUUCGCGGCGCGCCCUCCUGCUGCUUCCCGGAGCUCCCGGGCCAGUAGAGUGUAGUAAUAUCAAGAAAUAGAGAAUUCAACCAUGGCCCCACGGAAGAGAGGCGGACGGGGGAUUUCAUUUAUCUUUUGCUGUUUCCGAAACAACGACCACCCAGAAAUCACAUAUCGGCUUAGGAAUGAUAGCAACUUUGCACUUCAGACAAUGGAGCCAUCGCUGCCCAUGCCGCCUGUGGAGGAACUGGAUGUCAUGUUCAGUGAACUUGUGGAUGAACUUGACCUCACAGACAAACACAGGGAAGCCAUGUUUGCACUUCCAGCAGAGAAAAAGUGGCAGAUAUACUGUAGCAAGAAAAUGGACCAGGAAGAAAACAAGGGAGCAACAAGUUGGCCCGAGUUCUACAUUGAUCAGCUCAAUUCCAUGGCUGCUAGAAAAUCUCUGCUGGCCUUAGAGAAGGAAGAAGAAGAGGAGAGGAGUAAAACCAUCGAGAGUUUAAAGACAGCACUGAGGACAAAGCCCAUGAGGUUUGUAACCAGAUUCAUCGAUUUGGAUGGCCUGUCAUGUAUUCUCAACUUUCUGAAGACCAUGGACUAUGAGACCUCUGAGUCUCGGAUACAUACCUCCCUCAUUGGCUGUAUAAAGGCACUAAUGAACAACUCUCAAGGCCGGGCCCACGUCCUGGCUCAUUCUGAGAGUAUUAAUGUAAUUGCUCAGAGUCUGAGCACAGAGAACAUUAAAACAAAGGUGGCCGUGCUGGAAAUCCUGGGCGCUGUGUGCCUGGUUCCUGGGGGCCACAAGAAAGUCCUGCAGGCUAUGCUGCACUACCAGAAAUAUGCCAGCGAGAGAACCCGCUUCCAGACGUUAAUUAAUGACUUGGAUAAAAGCACUGGGCGUUAUCGGGAUGAAGUGAGUCUCAAGACUGCUAUCAUGUCCUUCAUCAAUGCAGUGCUGAGCCAGGGAGCCGGAGUGGAGAGUUUGGACUUCAGACUCCAUCUUCGAUAUGAAUUUCUGAUGUUAGGGAUUCAACCUGUUAUUGAUAAAUUAAGGGAACAUGAAAACUCCACACUAGACAGGCAUUUAGACUUUUUUGAAAUGCUCCGAAAUGAAGAUGAACUAGAAUUUGCCAAAAGAUUUGAGCUGGUUCACAUAGAUACAAAAAGCGCCACUCAGAUGUUUGAGCUGACCAGGAGGAGGCUGACCCACAGCGAAGCCUACCCCCACUUCAUGUCCAUUCUGCACCAUUGCCUCCAGAUGCCUUACAAGAGAAGUGGUAACACGGUUCAGUACUGGCUGCUGCUGGACAGAAUCAUACAGCAAAUAGUUAUCCAGAAUGACAAAGGACAGGACCCCGACUCCACACCUCUGGAAAACUUUAAUAUUAAGAACGUUGUAAGAAUGUUGGUUAAUGAGAAUGAAGUUAAGGAAUGGAGAGAGCAGGCGGAGAAGAUGAGGAAAGAGCACAAUGAGCUACAACAGAAGCUGGAGAAGAAAGAGAGGGAAUGUGACGCCAAGACCCAAGAGAAGGAAGAAAUGAUGCAGACCUUAAACAAGAUGAAAGAGAAGCUGGAAAAGGAGACAACUGAGCACAAGCAAGUUAAGCAGCAGGUGGCAGACCUCACGGCACAACUCCAUGAGCUCAACAGGAGGGCCGUCUGUGCUUCAGUCCCAGGAGGAGCCUCACCUGGAGCCCCAGGAGGACCCUUUCCUUCCUCUGGGUUGGGGUCUCUUCUCCCUCCCCCACCACCCCCACUCCUUCCAGGUGGAGCACUUCCCCCUCCACCACCUCCCCUCCCUCCUGGGGGUCCUCCUCCUCCCCCAGGGCCUCCUCCCUUAGGAGGAAUCCUGCCACCUCCUGGUGCUCCAGUGAGUCUAACACUAAAGAAGAAAAACAUUCCCCAGCCCACCAAUGCCCUGAAAUCCUUCAACUGGUCCAAGCUGCCUGAGAACAAAUUGGAUGGAACAGUAUGGACUGAAAUUGAUGAUACCAAAGUCUUCAAAAUUUUAGACCUUGAAGACCUAGAAAGAACGUUCUCUGCCUACCAAAGACAGCAGAAAGAAGCAGAUGCCAUUGAUGACACACUGAGUUCCAAACUUAAAGUCAAAGAGCUGUCAGUGAUUGAUGGUCGGAGAGCUCAGAAUUGCAACAUCCUUCUGUCGAGGUUGAAAUUAUCCAAUGAUGAAAUCAAGCGGGCAAUUCUAACAAUGGAUGAACAGGAGGAUCUGCCCAAGGACAUGUUAGAACAGCUUUUGAAAUUUGUCCCUGAGAAAAGCGACAUUGACCUGCUGGAAGAACAUAAGCACGAGCUGGACCGGAUGGCCAAGGCUGACCGAUUCCUGUUUGAGAUGAGCAGAAUUAAUCAUUACCAACAAAGACUGCAAUCACUGUACUUCAAAAAGAAGUUUGCAGAGCGUGUGGCAGAAGUGAAGCCGAAAGUAGAAGCGAUCCGAUCUGGCUCAGAGGAAGUGUUCAGGAGCAAUGCCCUCAAGCAGCUCUUGGAGGUGGUCUUGGCUUUUGGAAACUAUAUGAAUAAAGGACAAAGAGGCAACGCAUAUGGAUUCAAGAUCUCCAGCCUCAACAAGAUUGCAGAUACAAAAUCCAGUAUUGACAAGAACAUUACCCUUUUGCACUAUCUAAUAACUAUUGUGGAGAACAAGUACCCCAAAGUCCUCAAUCUAAGUGAAGAGUUGCGGGAUAUUCCUCAAGCAGCAAAGGUGAACAUGACCGAGCUGGACAAAGAGAUCAGCACCCUGAGGAGUGGCCUGAAAGCUGUAGAGACGGAGCUGGAGUAUCAGAAGUCUCAGCCCCCACAGCCUGGAGACAAGUUCGUGUCUGUUGUCAGCCAGUUCAUCACCCUGGCUAGCUUCAGCUUCUCUGAUGUUGAAGAUCUUCUAGCAGAAGCUAAAGAGCUGUUCACUAAAGCAGUGAAGCACUUUGGAGAAGAGGCUGGCAAAAUACAGCCAGAUGAGUUCUUUGGGAUCUUUGAUCAGUUUCUUCAGGCCGUGGCAGAAGCGAAACAGGAAAAUGAGAACAUGAGGAAAAGGAAGGAGGAAGAGGAGCGGCGGGCUCGCCUGGAAGCUCAGCUCAAAGAGCAGCGGGAGAGGGAGCGGAAGAUGAGGAAGGCCAAGGAGAGCAGUGAAGAGAGCGGAGAGUUUGAUGACCUGGUCUCGGCGCUGCGCUCAGGAGAGGUGUUCGACAAAGACCUUUCAAAACUCAAACGGAACCGGAAACGCAUUUCCAACCAGGUGACGGACAGCAGCCGGGAGCGACCAAUCACAAAACUUAAUUUUUAGUUUCCUUGCAUCCUUUUCUAGAAAGCGCCGUAGCAGCCCUUUGGAGUGACUAGAACUUUCCAUUACACUGCCUCCAGAUGCAAAACAAUGGCAGUUUCUUCUCUCAUCUGUGAGUGAAGGUGUGAAUGUGUGUGUGUAAAUGUAUGUGUAUAUAUGUGAAAAUGUACAUAGACACACAGUUUAAAAUGACAACACGUAACAGAUCACCUCAAAGAUUCUUUGAGAUAAGUUGAUCUGAGCAGCCCGGUAGAUACUGUUGAUGGUUCGUGUCCAUAUGAGAGUUAAGUGUUGUCCGGGACCUAUGUGUAUGCUUAAAAAGUUCAUGUUAAUAUGUGCGCCCAGAAACUCUUUGUGUACGCAUUCAUAUUGAGUGGGGUUCAUUUUCUUUCCCUGAACACCAUGCCUGUUCAGAAGCACAAUACUCUCUCCUGAAACAGUAACAGACAUUCCUUUAAAGGGGGUGGGGGUGGGGAAGAAAAAAGGAAGCUUUAAAAAAAAAAAAAAAGGCUUGUCUUGUGAAGUAGUUUUGGUUCCCAAGGUUGGCGUAGUGAGCCGAUAUUCACUGCAGAAAUGGAGUUGGCAAACAGACUGGGGUGAGCUCAGAGGCUGUAGGCGAGCCACCGUCACCUGCACGCCAGCAUCACUGGCUGACCUAGCGGAACAGCGCCGAGGUUCUGCUGCUGCUGUUGGGGUGCACUCUUGUCUGGGUACAAACGUCUGUUGAGAACAUCUUGCACACAUUCAUAUCAUGUAGAAUGUCAGUCACACUUCAUUUAUAUAUUUAAAACUUGAGCACCAUUUUCCCCUUAAUUUCAUCAAUUUUUCCGCCAAGUGCUCUUGAUGACUUCUUUUAUUGGUUUUGUUAUUUUGAAAACACACUUUCCAAGUGAUGCCGCCUAGAUCCUGGUUAAGGGCCAGAAUUGCCAGAGCCUCCUCAUUGACCUAACAAUACAGAUCUGUAGACCUGACGAAUGAAAUUCUCCACCCGAGACUUAGUGGAAGAACUCCCUGAAGAUUCUUCUUAAAGGCAUAGGGGUGCUUUGGGGUGUCUUCUCUUUUCUGUAUAGGCCGCGCUGCGUGUCCUGGGGUACAGGACUCUCAUAUGGACACGAACCAUCAACAGUAUCUACAGGGUUGCUCAGAUCAACUUAUCUCAAAGAAUAUUUGAAGUGAUCUCUGUUACCUGUUGUCAUUUUAAACUGUGUGUCAGUGACGCUACCUGUACAAUUUCAGUCCAAAAAAUAAAGCUCUCAGGGAGAAAUGAUUUAAAAAAAAAAAAGAGCAGUAGAGAAUAAAAUAUGGACGCUUACCACUGAGCUGCCAACUCCUAGUGUCCUUAAAUUAUAUGGUAUGUAAAGAGGACUGUUACUGUUGUUUUCUUUUGCUUUAUUUAUUUGUAAUAGGGUGUGGGGAGGGACUAGCGUUGUCUCUCUGUUUUCUAUCCUUUUGUGAUUGGAUGUCCUGUGGAGAGAGUAGUUUUUCCUGUUGCACUACACUAUUAUCUACUCCCUAAAUGAGUUUUUCAGUCAAGUAUCAAAUAUUUAUUAAGCCCUCACUAUGUACCAGGCGCAGUAGAGCUGCAGUGGUAAGCAAGACGAAGUCCCUGCCCACCCAGGAGCUCACAUCCUCAACGGGGUUUCCGGGGACAGGAGAAUACCAAUGUGCAUAGUAUACAGGAACCAUACUAUUUAAGAAAUAAUCUGUAUGAAUUGUAAUGUUUAGUGCAGACGGCAAGGGAUCUGUGCUGUGUAAAAGCUGUGAAACAGUGCUCUAAGAAUUGUCAAGAGCUGUUGUUUUUACUCUUUUUGUUUUUCUUCAUCGCAAACUUAGCGACCUUUCUACCCAUUAUGUGGAAGCAAAUGGCUCUUCACUAUGACAGUCACAGGUACAAAGCGGAGCUGACUCUCCCAGCCCCGAGCUAAGCACAGUCUGCAAGCAUCCUGGCUGUGGCUCGGGCCAGCUCGGAGAGGAGGAGGAGCGGGGUGGAGUGAUGGAUUUCACUGUUCCUGAUCUAAAGUGCCUCUUUGUAUAUUCUUUUCUAUUGCUAGCAGGAAAAGUUUGGUCCAGCUCAGUUUUGGAACUGUGGAGAGAGACUCACAACAGAGAGCAAGUCUGUGUCGCAUGUCCCCUUGCCCCUCUUAGAGCCAUCCUCACUUCUGUGUAGCCCCUCUGGUAGGCCACCUUUGCCAUUCCCAGCUUUGGGUUCUUUUCCUAAGGACUGUGUGCAGGUAACUUCAUGUGUCAUUGUUACAAACAAACAAAAAUCGACUUUUUAGACUGGUGCUGGUGUAAGUAGCUACUUUUCUCUCUUGAGUAUGUAUUUUAAAGAUUUUUUUUAAAAUAAUGCCAAAAAAAGAAAAAGCGUUAUAAUUUUUAAACUUAAUUAACUGUCUCGUAUCUUCUUAGCUCAGUAGCUAGAACCACUUAGUCUUUAGGUGCAAGACUGUUGUUACAGAACCAAGGAAAAUAAAGAUGUCGUGUGUGCUAUGAGAUUGUACAUUUUUUUUAAAAUAGCAAUAUGCAAUAAAGAUGACUUCACUGGGUGUACA